CUACAUCAUUUUUGCAAAAAAUAAAAUAAAAUAUAAAAAAUCUACUUUUAUAUAUCUCCCUUUUUUGUUCUGUGAAAUGUCCAUAAACCAUAUUUCUUCAGAAACAUUUUGGUGGACCAAAAAACAACCACCCUCAUUCCCAAAUAUGUUUGAGUUUAACCUUAACAACAACAUGAACAACAAUAGUACUAAUGAAGAUGACGAGUUAGUACAAAACGAAGACAAAUUUGAAGAAAUUCCAAGAGAUCAUUUGUUUGAGAAACCAUUAACUCCAAGUGAUGUUGGAAAGCUUAACAGGUUAGUAAUCCCUAAACAGCACGCUGAGAAGUAUUUUCCUCUCAGCGGCAGUAAUAAUAGUAAUAGUAAUAAUAAUAAUAUUGAUGGCGGUACUGAAAAGGGAUUAUUACUGAGUUUUGAAGAUGAGUCUGGAAAAUCAUGGAGAUUUAGAUAUUCUUAUUGGAAUAGUAGCCAGAGCUAUGUAUUGACUAAAGGUUGGAGUCGUUUUGUCAAGGAAAAACGUCUUGAUGCUGGUGAUAUUGUUUUGUUUGACCGCCACCGGUCAGAUACUGACCGGCUAUUUAUAGGAUGGAGGCGGAGGAAUAUUAUCUCCGCCCCCAUCUCCACUGCUGCAGUGCGUCAUAACACUGCAGCGGCAAUGACUGGAAAUAUUGGCGGAGGUGGAGGUGGGUGGGCCCACGUAUACUACGGUGGGCAUCCUUAUCCAAGGGCAGGUGCAGGUCUUCCAUACCAACCUGACUGUCUUCAUGCAGGGAGAGGAGCAAUGCAGAACCAAACUACAACAAGUGUAAACAAUAACACAAGAAGACACGUUAGGUUAUUUGGGGUUAACUUGGAAUGUGAGGCCGAUGAUUCAUCAUGGUCAGAGCCACCCCCGACUCCAGAUGGUGGUGGCUCUUCAACAUCGAGCCACCACCAAGAUCAUGGUCGGAGUCAGGAUCAAGCUAGCCAACACUAUUAUCAAUACCAAUUUCAGUAUUCAAAGCCUCAUGUUGCUGUUUCAGCUACUGCUUCUUCCUAUAAUAAUAACCAUCACAAUCACAAGGAUAUGAAUUUCUCAAGAGAUGUCAACCAGAUGAGAUAUCACCAGGGAUAAGAUCUGUAGAUUUGACAACCAGGAUUGACUAUUACAGGCACUUGGAAUUUAUUUUUAGUUUUUUCUUUAAAGAAAAAAUUCUUGAAAAAAUAGGAAAAGAAAAUCCAAAAAGGGUAAAAAUCCCAGAUUUUCUGGCAACUUUCUCCCCCUAGAAAAAGGUAGUAUAUAUCACAGAACUUUUAACACCUAUUCCAAGUCCACAGGAAAUUGAAAGAAUGAAAAUAUUGGAGAUGAAACUUUGAAAGAGACUUUAGGGUGUCUGUGGGUCCAUCAGAUUAUAGCUGAAGAGAUGAAAGAAUAUAUAUAUAUAUAUAUAUAUAUAUAUAUAUAUAUAUAUAUAUAUAUAUAUAUAUAUGGUCUACGUACACUCUAUCCUCUGCGCACUCCACUUGUGGGAUUCUGUCGGGGUAUUUUGUUGUAUUUUGGUUGCUACUGUGGAGAUUCUGCCUGAAGAUUUUUGUUAGGGGGCUUCAUCAUAAUCAUGACAAUUGACCAAAACUGAAGGAUAGUAAUAGUGAGAAGAAGAAGAAAGAUGGUUCUUUUACCAAGUGGUGAUGGUAGUGGUAGUGGGUGGUGGACUUGUCUUGUUAUUGAUGAUAAGAUGGAUGUCUGUCAAAGCCCAUUAGUCAUUUAGGAGGACAAAAAAUAUGUUCUUUGCCAACACUUGAAAGGCAACUAACAGUUUAACUGCUUUUCUUUCACAUGUUGAUGCCAUGGCAGAAUACUUUUUGUUCAACAGUAGUAGUAGUAGUUUGUAUAUGUACAUUGUACUUUUGGUGUUUUCAUGAUUCAUAUGAAAAUCUGAGGAAAAGACUCAUCAAUCUUACCUCUGUGAAUUGUAAGUUUCAUUUGUAAUCAACAACCAGAUAAUCGAUAUCUUAAUAGUUCUAAA